AUGAAUGGGUUUCUCAAACAAUUUAAUAAAAAACAUCAUAAUACUACAACAACUACUACUACGAAUAACAACACGGCAUUAGCUACAAAUACACCAAUUGCACAUGCUUUACAACAAGAACAAAACUCUAAUAAUAAUUUAAUACCGUCCCUUGAUAGAAGUUUAUCUGAUAAUUCAACUCAAUCCGCUAGUAUGCCACGAUCAGUUCCAACAAAUAUUGAAUUACCAUCAUCUCCCUCAAAAGGUUCAGCAUUUAAGAAUUGGUUAGCUGAAUUAUCUCCAAAUCAUCAUCAUAACAACAAUAACAUUAUUAAUCAUCAACAACGUCACCACCAUUCUGCUUCAAAUGGUAGUAUAGGAAAUAAAAAUCAUUCUUCAACAAAUUUCACAUAUAGUAAAAAAACAAAUGAUAAAAACAAUAGCAAUAAUACAAUAAUGUCGAUUGACAAUGGAAGAAAAGUGUUUGAUACACCUUUAAUUACAUCAAUGGAAGUUGUUAAAUGUGAAAUUGUAAUUUCAAAUGGAUUAAAUGAUAAAAAAUUUGGUUAUGUACCUGUUGUAAUUGCUAAAUGUGGUUCAAUAAUCAAACAAUAUGGACUAACUACACCUGGUAUCUUUAGAAAAUCUGGAAAUAAAAAGAAAAUUGAUUAUUUAAUUAAUAAUUAUUUUGCUAAUGAACCAUUUUAUGGUUUAGAUUUUACUUAUGAUUACCAAACUGGUAAGAAUCAGGAAUAUAGUAUUCAUGAAUUUAGUUCACUUUUUAAGACAUAUCUUAAUAGACUCACAGAACCUGUUAUACCAUACGAAAAUUUUGAUUCUUUCAUUAAUUGUAUAAAAGAAUAUCCUGCUAUGAUAAAUUAUUAUGAUAAUAUCACAAAUCCUGAUAUCUUAGAUAAGACCACAAUCAAGUAUGAAAAUGAGAACCAAAUGAAAGAUAUUAAAGAAUUAUUAAAAAAAUAUUAUUUAUUAAUUCAUAAUUUACCUGAAGCUAAUAGAGAAUUAUUAAUUUAUGUUUUUGAUUUAUUAGAUAUGAUUCAAAAACGCUCCUCCGUAAAUUUAAUGACAUGUGAAAAUAUAUCGAUUGUAUUUCAACCUUCAUUAUUAUCCCAUUUAGAGUUUUCAACAGAUUUACAAUCAAAUAGGCUAGCUAGAUAUACUUUACAAUUUUUGGUAGAAAAUUUCGAUACCCUUGCCAAUACCUAUCUUGGUGUAAAAUCAUCAUAA